UGUGGUUUGUGGCUAAACCUAAAGGCUCAGUUAACCAGCUGCCUGGCCUUCAGAGCUCCGCAGAGACAAGCGUCUUGAAAGGAAUCUCCGCUCCCUGGGACUCGCUCCUGCGCUGGGGCGCGGGUCUGAGUGCGCGCUCGGAGCCGGAGCUCGGGGCGCAGGGGUCGAGGAGGAGCCAGAAGCCGGGAGGCGGGAGCGACCUGCCACGGGUGAGAUGAUGGAGCGGCGUCUCGGGCGGCCGCGGUGGCAGCCACAGCCGCAGCAGCAGCCGCUUCAGCAGCUCUUGAACGCACCUCAAUGAGAGCGCGGAACGAGAGGCUGAGCAAAAGGACGCGAGCAGGCUCACUGCAGCCGCGGCGAGCGGACGGGGGAUGUAACCCGUUCCGCUCACGGCUGCGAGGUGCGUAAUCCCGAGCCGACCCAUUGUGGAGCGGGUGCAGCCAACAUUGCCACAGAUGGGAGCCAUGGCUUACCCCUUACUCUUUUGCCUCCUGCUCGCUCAUCUGGGACUGGGAGCUGUUGGCGCCAGCCGUGACCCACCGGGACGGCCAGAGUCCCCUCGAGAGAGGACUCUGAGGGGGAAGCAACACGCCCAGCAGCCGGUUCGAGUCUCUGCCCCGGACUCCUCGGCUCUCUGGAGCCGCUCCACCGACGGCACCAUCUUGGCGCAGAAACUCGCCGAGGAGGUGCCCGUGGACGUGGCCUCUUACCUCUACACCGGGGACUCCCACCAGCUGAAGCGAGCCAACUGCUCCGGCCGCUACGAGUUGGCGGGCCUGCCGGGGAAGUCGCUAGCCCUCGCCAGCUCCCACCCCUCCCUGCACGGGGCGCUGGACACGCUGACACAUGCCACCAACUUCCUCAACAUGAUGCUGCAGAGCAAUAAGUCUCGGGAGCAGAACUUGCAGGAUGACCUGGAGUGGUACCAGGCGCUGGUGCGGAGCCUCCUGGAGGGCGAGCCUAGCAUCUCCCGUGCGGCCAUCACCUUCAGCACCGAGUCUGUCCGCGCCCGCCCCGCAGUUCUUCCUCCAGGCCACGCGCGAGGAGAGUCACAUCCUGCUCCAGGACCUGUCCUCUUCCGCACACCACCUGGCCAACGCCACGAUGGAGACCGAGUGGUUCCACGGCCUUAGGCGCAAGUGGAGGCCCCACUUACACCGCCGUGGCUCCAAUCAGGGGCUCCGGGGCUUGGGCCAUAGCUGGAGGCGCAGAGACGGGCUCGGAGGGGACAAGAGCCAUGUCAAGUGGUCUCCGCCUUAUCUGGAGUGCGAGAACGGGAGUUACAAGCCCGGGUGGCUGGUUACUCUUUCCGCUGCCUUCUACGGGUUGCAGCCUAACCUGGUCCCGGAAUUCAGGGGUGUCAUGAAAGUUGAUAUAAAUCUUCAGAAAGUGGACAUUGAUCAAUGUUCAAGUGAUGGCUGGUUUUCAGGGACUCACAAAUGCCACCUUAACAAUUCAGAGGUAAGAACAUGAAAACAAAAUUCUCUGAAAUCAGAAGCUCAUAAACGGUUUACUAUUAUAAAACUGUAUGUUUUUAUUUGUGUGGGUGAAUUAACAAGAAGAAUUCUAAUUAGAAAAAAAAAUCAUCAGAUUUCAGUGUUGCCAAAUGAGCUGAAACUGGAGAAAAUAAAAUUCGUGCAGAAUAGCUAUUCAUUUUGGGACUCUCUUGAGAGGUGGCCAAAAUUAAGAUUGAAGUUUAACUUUGUUUAAAGGCUGACCUGUUCUUCAAAAUGGGCUGGAAAUGUAAAAUAGCCACAAAGUAAGAAAACCAAAUCAUGCACAUUAACCAGAUUGUCACCAUUUUAUGGAAUAUAAUGCUUAUUGUAACAAUUG